ACAACUGCUUAUUACCCGCUUGGUAAAAAAAUAGUGGUAGUAUGGUUCAGUUUAUUAUCUGGUUACUCCCAUUGACCCUGGCCACAGUAACAGCAAAUGAUCGGCAUAAGAUUGUUUACAAGAGUCUGCAACAGACAACCAACGAGUGCACCCAGUACAAUGUCCAGGGAGGAUGUCUUUCCCGUUGCGUAACUCUAAUUACACGUGAUUGGAACGACACACUGGGCAUAUCCCCAGUGUACAGUCGCUUCUUUCAUCCGAAUCCAAACGACGUCUGUAGCAACAAUCGCACUCAGCGAUGCCUAAGCUCAAGAGAUACAACAAUUCCUCAGAAGAACUCCUGUCUUCGGGCGUCGGAAUCAGUACAAUGCUAUCUGGACCAAUACGGCGAGGUCAACACCGCUGUCCCUCAGUUCAUUCGUUUCACCAUCUUGCAGGAUGCGCAACUCUUCUACGAAUGUGCCGCCAUUUUAGGUUAUUCGGAUCAACACGACGCAUUACUGAACGACUGGGAGUUCAAACAGCAGGGAACACGUUGUGUGCUUCGUUGUUUCAUGAUCCGGUCAGGACUAUACAGCGAACCGGAAGGGCUCAAUAUGGCGCGAUACUACGUUUUAUGUGGUGGAUACGAGGAUGACUUCUUCCAGCAGGCGGCUGAAUGUGCAUCUCGCUUACGCCAAGAAGUUCCAUGCGAGGACAAAUGCACGCUGGCUCAGCGGAUGGCAACCGAGUGUAUCGGGGUGGAUUACGCAACCUCAUCAAUAAUGCAGAAUCAAGGCGAUUCAGCUAAUUACGUUUUGGCAUCACGAGCGAGUAGUGUAUACAUGGUUAACGACCAGAAUGCUGAUUCGGAUGCCACUUAUCGUGUGGUCAACAGUGGCAGUACGGCGAACAUCGUCGACAAUGGCUCGAGCAGUACCUAUGAAGGUGGAAAUUCCAAUAUGUUCUUUCGGACGAGUUCGAAUCGAAGAUAAAUAGUUGUUGGUCCCAAAGGGAAAAU